AGUGAGGCUAGUGAGGCGCGGGCUGGCGCGGGGGGCGGCUGAGACAGUGCUGGCUGGGGGGCCUCGGGAGGGAUGUGAGAGUUGUGUGUGUCCCUUCGUGCGAGCUCACUGCCACCCUCGCGUGCUGCGUCCCUGCGGCCCGGCUGAGGCUCCCCUCGGCCUCUCCGGCCGGGCCCCACGUUAUGUCGUGAUCCCGGGCGGGCGGCGCUGCUGCUGCUGCUCAUGGGGCUGCUCAGGAUUAUGCUGCCGCCCAAGUUGCAGCUGCUGGCGGUGCUGACGUUCGGGGUGGCUGUGCUCUUUCUGGAGAACCAGAUCCAGAAGCUGGAGGAGUCCCGCGGCAAGCUCGCAUACGGACAGGAUCUUCUGUCCCAGCGGAGGGCCCCAGUCCUUAGGGGAAGGGUUGGAAGGACUGACACUGACCAUCAUGCUUGUGGAGAUGGGGCCGUGCGAUCUGAAAGAGCUAUUGCAAGACAUGAAGUCAGAGAAAUAGAACAACGUCAUACAAUAGAUGGUCCUCGACAAGAUGCAACUCUGGAUGAAGAUGAUGAUGUGGUGAUCAUUUACAACAGAGUACCUAAAACUGCAAGCACAUCCUUCACAAAUAUUGCCUAUGACCUUUGUGCAAAGAACAAAUAUCAUGUUCUGCAUAUCAAUACAACCAAAAAUAAUCCUGUUAUGUCACUGCAAGAUCAGGUACGAUUUGUUAAGAAUGUAACUUCCUGGAAGGAAAUGAAACCAGGAUUUUAUCAUGGACAUAUAUCUUACUUGGAUUUUGCAAAAUUUGGUGUUAAAAAGAAACCAAUUUACAUUAAUGUCAUAAGAGAUCCUAUAGAACGACUAGUUUCUUAUUAUUACUUUUUGCGGUUUGGAGAUGAUUACAGACCAGGGCUACGAAGGCGAAAACAAGGGGAUAAAAAGACCUUUGAUGAAUGUGUAGCAGCUGGAGGCUCAGACUGUGCUCCAGAGAAACUUUGGCUUCAAAUUCCAUUCUUCUGUGGCCACAGCUCAGAAUGCUGGAAUGUGGGGAGCAGAUGGGCUUUGGAACAAGCCAAGUACAACCUGAUUAAUGAAUUCUUCCUAGUGGGAGUCACUGAAGAGCUUGAAGACUUUAUUAUGUUAUUGGAGGCAACUUUGCCCCGAUUCUUUAGGGGUGCUACAGAACUGUACCGGACAGGAAAAAAGUCUCAUCUUAGGAAAACAACAGAGAAAAAGCUCCCAACAAAAGAAACCAUUGCCAAGCUGCAGCAGUCGGAAAUUUGGAAAAUGGAGAAUGAGUUCUAUGAAUUUGCACUGGAGCAAUUUCAGUUUGUCAGAGCACAUGCAGUUCGGGAAAAAGAUGGAGAAUUGUAUAUUCUGACGCAAAACUUUUUCUAUGAAAAGAUUUACCCUAAGUCGAACUAAGAACAAGGUAUACUGUUAGAUUAAUGGACUAAACCUUUGGUCACUUUGUCAUCUUAGUUCUCAGCCCUGGAAAAUAGUUUGCUGGUAGACCUCUGAGGUAUUUCUCUCUAGAGCUGAGGAAAGUGGGCUGUGGCUCACACCAAAGGUGUUGGAUACUUGACUUAAGCUUCAGUUCUUUUAUCUAACUAAUAGUUUCAGUGGGAGUUACUACCCUUUCCCUGAAGAAACCUACAUUUUCCUUUACAGAUAUUAACUGCACAGAGGUUUUGGUUGAAAAUAUAAACAAAAAAUGCUUCUGUUUAUGCUGUUGUUGAUUCUCAGAGCAAUUUAUUUUCAUUUAAACUUCUGUAAACAAGAAAUCAACUGUUUUCCCAGCUUCUACAUGGAGAUUUUGGUUGUAUACAAUUAUGAAUAGUGUUAAUAACUGGUUGACAUCUGUGCUUUGUUUUUGUGAGUCACGUUACAUGAUAUUCAUUGGAAUGAUCAAUCGUGUUCUGCUAAGAAAUGCUGCUGCUGGAUUUGCCCAUAUAUAAAUGUGGUUUUAUUAAAAAGAAAAGUUAUAACUAAUCAUUAGUGUUUUUAAAAAAUAAUUUCCAUAUUAAUAUUGUAAAAAGAGAAUCAAGGCAGUAUUUCCUUUUCCUCCCUCACCCCAACUGAAGUUGGGAAAAUUCUGCAAAGAAGUUGGCAUUGCCUGCAGUUCUAGUUAAUGCUUAUACAUCAAUAUAAAAAAACCCUAGUAAAUUCAGUAUCAAGUUGCUCCAUGGAUUCUUCGUAAUGACUGUAAACUGAGAUAUUGGUGAAUCCAUAUUAUGACUCCAUUAGUGAGCUGUGGUAUGGUUUGGGUUUUCCUACUUCUUCUAUACUUUUACCUGUAGAAUAUUUUUACUAAGGUGCUUUAUAAUGUGUUUUAAAGCAUUGCAUUUACAAAAGGAGUAAAAUGCUGUAAAUACUGCAUAUUUUAUGUAUUUGGACCAAAAGGUUACAAGUAAUUAGCUGAAAGUGGUUUUUGCACCAGUUUUGUUACAUGUGAAGUAAAAACCAUCUCAUCUGCU